AUGGAAGAUGUGAAAUAUGACUGGAAGGGUGUUAUUCGGAUGGUCAAAGGAUUUAUUCUGGACAUUUCAAGUUCCAUGCAAAAUUUCAAAUUUGUGGGGUCGCAUGACUUGGUGGUGUUGAGGGAACUAAACUGUCCAGUUGUGCCUGUUGCAGUGCAAGUGCCGAAGUUGAUUGCUUGGUCUCCACCGGCAGUGGAGUUGUCUAAACUCAAUGUUGAUGGUGGUUCGCUUGGUAACCCAGGGAUGUCUGGCAGGGGAGGUAUUGUUCGGAAUGCGCAGGGUCAUGUAUUUGGGGGUUUUGCUCAUUGCUAUGGACAAGCUACCAACACCAUUGCUGAAUGCCGAGCCUUUCUACUCUUCCAUCCUGUUCUAGGAAAAUCAACAUUUCGACUGGCCUCCAAUCUCUACUCAAUCGGCAGCUGGAUAUCCACCGUAUUAAGGCUAUAGAGCCUGCACAACAAGACGAAAACAAUUCCUCCAGCAUGCACAAAUAAGUCUGAGAAUUCUAGAAUAUUUGUUGUAACCGUUUCUUGUACAGUUGUCAUUACUUCAUUUGAUGCUACAUUUCCUAUUGACAGAAUUGUGUCUAUAAAAAGGAAUUCACACUGUGUAAACAUUUCAUGGAAGGAAGAAGAAUAUUUUCGUUUCCACUA